AUUUUCCCACCUCUUUUCUAUAAGGGACGACCCGGUUCAUACCUACUCCGUAGGUGUCGGGGAGGGGGACCACUCUGGGCCUGACCUACGCGCCCUCACCCCAGCUUCGCUGGAGGGGCGUUUCGAACCCCCGACCCUGGCACACCACGGUAAGCAAGCUUACCGCUGGCACACCUCUUUUCUAUAGUUUGGCUUUAUAUUGCAAUUAGAAAUCCAUUUUGAUUUCUCUUUCCUUUCCUCCUUCAACUCCAUAUUUGCUGAAAUUCAAGCAUCAAGCAUGGAGAACAGAACUGCAACAAGAGGAUGGAACUUUAAGGAGAAUAAGAAAUUGGUGAGUGCAUCUGGUCUCACUGUAAGAAGUGUUCUUAACAAGUUGAUGUCUUGCGUUGAUCCUGCUGAUACGCGGCCCGUUAUCCCUCUCGGCCAUGGUGACCCUUCUUCUUUCCCUUGUUUUCGGACCACUCCGAUAGCCGAAGAUGCUAUUUCUGAUGCCCUUCAUUCUGCUACAUUUAACGGUUAUCCAUCAACUGUUGGCAUCCUUCCUGCUAGAAGGGCUGUAGCAGAGUACCUUUCUCAAGAUCUCCCAUUCAAUUUGUCCCCUGAUGAUAUUUACUUGACAAUUGGAUGUAAUCAAGCAAUUGAAGUACUUUUGAGUGCUCUUGCAUGCCCAAACUCCAAUAUUCUACUUCCAACUCCUGGAUUCCCGUAUUAUGAAGCGUGGGCUUUAUUUACCCAUAUCGAAAUACGUCACUUUAAUCUGCUCCCGGAGAACGAGUGGGAGGUGGACCUUAAUGCGGUUGAGUCUUUGGCCGAUGAAAAUACUGUGGCUAUGGUCAUCAUUAAUCCUGGGAAUCCUUGUGGCAAUAUCUACACAGAUCAACACCUGGAGAAGGUGGCAGAGACGGCAAGAAAGCUUGGAAUUUUGGUUAUUGCUGAUGAGGUAUAUGCUCAUCUCGCAUUUGGAAGUAAACCAUUUGUGCCCAUGGGAAUCUUUGGAUCGAUUGCUCCUGUUAUCACACUUGGAUCCAUAUCAAAGAGGUGGAUUGUCCCGGGCUGUCGACUUGGUUGGCUUGUUACAAAUGAUCCAAACGGCAUACUUAAAGAACAUGGGGUCAUAGAUUCCAUCAAUGGAUAUCUCAAAAUAUCUUCUGACCCGCCAACCUUUAUUCAGGGGGCAAUUCCUCAGAUCCUUCAGAAAACAAAAGAUGAUUUCUUCUCUAAAAUAGUAAAUAUGUUGAGAGAAGGUGCCGAUAUCUGUUAUGACAGGAUCAAGGAUGUUCCUUGCAUCACUUGCCCAAGCAAACCUGAAGGAUCUAUGUUUGUGAUGGUCAAACUUCAUUUAAACCUUCUAAAAGACAUUGAAGAUGACCUGGACUUCUGUCUCAAGCUGGCUAAGGAGGAAUCUUUGAUAAUUUUACCAGGAAGUAGACCAUUACUCGAAGAGCAAGCAUAUGAAUAACUCAAACUGGUGGGAUGCUACGUUGUAUAGAUAUCUGAAGAUAACGCCUUGUGCAGGUGUUGCUGUCGGACUCAAGAAUUGGCUCAGGAUAACCUUUGCAUGUGAGCCAUCAUAUCUGGAAGAUGGCUUCCAGAGACUAAAUUCUUUCUAUCAAAGGCAUGCCAAGAAACAAUAAGCUACUCGGAGAAGCAACCUUAUCUGUACUGCACUGCAUUAUGGAGUGGCAACUGUGAUCUUCAACUACUUGUUGGACCUCGUGUGGUGUACGGUGUACAAUAGAUCAUACAUAAGUUGGCUAGAUUUUCAACAAUAUCCUCAAGUCACUAGAGGACUGAAAUAUGUUUUUCUAAACGGUAUCCACUUCUGGAUUAUCAUAGACGCUAACAUUCUGGGGAAUAUCUUCAAACUCCUGCUACAGACUAUCCAUAAUACGCCAUUACUGUUGCAUGUGUUUGUAAGAUCAGUCUUUAACUAGCUAACUAAAACAAGUGUUUGUGAAAUGUGCAGAUUGUUGAAUAUUGUUGGGCACAACUUAAGUUUUACUAUUGCUAAGUAAGGACCAACAUUGAUCUUACAGUUCUUGCACAAUUUCUCCACUUUGAAACUUCUUCAAAGAAGAUCGGAGUCUCUUUGGUGUUUACUGGGAGAAAAUGUAUACAUCAUGUAGCCCAUAUUUUUUGAGUUUGUUACCUGGUUUAGCCCAUAUUUAUGUAUAAAUAUGUUUCAUUCACGAUUAUUAUACAAGGUUGAUACAUUACGUAUAAUAAUUUCCCCUAGGUAUAAUAUUGUAUGAUACUAUAUAUUGGACUGCAUGAUGUAACAUUUUAUGUU